UUGUGUUCGUGAACCGUUCAUGAACACGUUCAUUUCCUUAACGAACGAAUCCGAACAAAAAAUCUUGUUCAGUAAAUGUUCAUUAACCGUUCGUAAACACAUGAUAUUCUUAACGAACGAACACAAACAAAACCUUGUUCAUGUUCGUUUGGUUCGUUUAAUAAAACUCCAUUCUUGAAUCCAUUCAUUCCCACCAUUAUAAUAAUAUUCACACACACAAAACACCAUUGACUUCAAUUCUUCCCAUGACUUCAUCUCCAAUCUCUCUCUCUAAAACUUCUUCAUUCUCUCUCAUACCCAUUUCACUGAUCUGCAAGAACCACCCAUAAAGAUUGUAAUGUCAUCAAUCUUGGCUUCAAAUGGGGUGGUUCUUGCCACCGCCAUGGCUGCCGGAACCGCCAUUUUCAUCGCCUUCUGCCUCCAGAAACCACCCACAACCACCACCGCCGGCGCCGCCCAGUUCGCCGUCGUCCAACUCCCAAGACACUGCAUCAAUUCAGAUGGGAAGAAAAAAGAGAAGAAGAAGAAGAAGAUGAAGAAGAAAGUAAGGUUUGCUGAAGAUGUGAUGGAACCAAGUGGAAAUGAUGAUGAGUUUAGAAGAAGAUUUAAAAGUAAGAAAAUUACACUGUUUAAAGACGAAGGAGGUGAAUGUAAACAUCUGAGAAAGUAUAAGGGUCUUCCUGCAAAUAGGAUGGCUCUUUACUCUGGAAUUCUGAGAGAUCGUGAUGUUCAUCGGGUUGCUUAUUCUUGUUGCUAACGUUUGACUUACGUUUAACGAAGUAGUCCCUUGUGUUUAUGAUUGUCUCUAAGUUUGACCACUCUUCUUUUGUGGUGUGUGAAAUGCACCCUUGUUUAUUGGUAUAUUUUUAUAGGAUUUUUUUUUUUCUGGAUCUUGCAUCUGUAUCAUGUGAAAGAAUUGAGUUUGUAGAAAUUAAAAUGUGAACUUCGUAAUUAUUAGUAAAAUUUUUCAUA